AUGCAUAAUCACAAUGCGCGUCCAACUGGCGCUGCACCUGUGCCUGAAACACACACUGUUGCCCAGCAGAGCAAUAAUCAACGGGGUCGAGGCCGGGGAAGGGGGAAAGGUCGUGGUAGGGGCCCAAAGCGAGGUGGCAGAGGGGGAGUUAGCGGUAGUGACUCCUGUCCUCAGAACAAGCAAACUCAAAGUAAUAGACCAAACAAGUCACAACAGAACUACGGUCAGUCGCAGCUAUGUUAUAAAUGUGGUUGCAAAGGACAUUGGUCUAGGACAUGCAGGACUCCUAAGCAUCUGGUCGAGGCUUACCAAAAGAUGCUCCAGCAGGAAGGAGGACAAAAGAAGAAAGAUUCUGGGCAAUCAUCUUUGCCUGAAGCAAAUGCCCUCAUCUUAGGGAAUGAUGACCUGCUAGGCGAUGAACUAGCUGAUUAUGGAGAUCAGGAGUGA